CGGGCACCGGGCCGGCUUCGGCAUCCCCCAGCUGCUGGAUCUUACACCCCUGCCCUCCACACGCACCUCCCUGGCGGGCCGCGGCAGACCAUGCCCUCUCUAUGACGGUUGCUUGCUAAGCUAACUCUGCAUGCCAGAAGACUGUCCUUGGUUGAUCCAGGGGCUGUUGGGGACUCCGACCUCUCCCCGGUUUUUCCGCGUGUGUGUGUUCCUCUAGAACUUUCAAAACUGUUUCUCCAAAGGGUUUUGCAGAAACUCAGACUGUUUUCUAAAGCAGAAGCACCUCAGUCCACAGCAGUAGUGAUGGGCAGCGUGCGAACCAACCGCUACAGCAUCGUGUCUUCGGAGGAGGACGGCAUGAAGCUGUCCACCAUGGCCGUGGCCAACGGCUUUGGAAAUGGGAAGGGCAAGGUACACACCAGGCAGCAGUGCAGGAGCCGCUUUGUCAAAAAAGACGGCCACUGCAACGUCCAGUUUAUUAACGUGGGGGAGAAGGGACAGCGAUACCUGGCAGACAUCUUCACCACCUGCGUGGACAUCCGCUGGAGGUGGAUGCUGGUUAUCUUCUGCCUGACCUUCAUCCUCUCCUGGCUUUUUUUUGGCUGUGUGUUUUGGUUGAUUGCGCUGUUGCACGGGGAUCUGGAGAACCAAGAGAACAGCAAGCCUUGCGUCUCUCAGGUGAGCAGCUUCACCGCAGCCUUCCUGUUCUCCAUUGAGACCCAGACCACGAUCGGCUACGGCUUCAGGUGCGUCACAGACGAGUGCCCCAUCGCCGUGUUCAUGGUGGUUUUCCAGUCUAUAGUGGGCUGCAUCAUCGAUGCCUUCAUCAUUGGCGCCGUCAUGGCAAAGAUGGCUAAGCCCAAAAAGAGGAACGAAACUCUGGUGUUCAGCCACAACGCCGUGGUGGCCAUGAGAGACGGGAAGCUGUGCCUGAUGUGGCGCGUGGGGAACCUGAGGAAAAGCCACCUGGUGGAGGCGCACGUGCGAGCGCAGCUCCUCAAAUCCAGGAUCACGUCGGAAGGGGAGUACAUCCCCUUGGAUCAGAUAGACAUCAACGUGGGGUUUGACAGCGGCAUAGACCGAAUAUUCCUGGUCUCCCCGAUCACCAUAGUACACGAGAUAGACGAAGACAGUCCUUUGUAUGACCUGAGCAAGCAGGACAUGGACAAUGCUGACUUCGAAAUUGUAGUAAUAUUGGAGGGCAUGGUGGAGGCCACCGCCAUGACCACCCAGUGCCGUAGCUCCUACCUGGCCAACGAAAUCCUCUGGGGCCACCGCUACGAGCCCGUGCUCUUCGAAGAGAAAAACUACUACAAAGUGGACUACUCGAGGUUCCACAAAACAUACGAAGUGCCCAACACACCCAUCUGUAGUGCCAGAGACUUAGCAGAGAAGAAAUACAUUCUCUCGAACGCGAACUCCUUUUGCUACGAGAACGAGGUCGCCCUCACCAGCAAGGAGGAGGACGAGAUCGACACGGGGGUGCCUGAGAGCAUGAGCACAGACACCCACCCCGACAUGGACCACCACAACCAGGCCGGCGUGCCUCUCGAGCCGCGGCCGCUGCGGCGGGAGUCGGAGAUAUGACUGGCAGGCUCUUCCUCUCCCUUUUGGUUGACAGUUUAAAAAAAAAA